AUGUCUUUCAAUGAACGGAUAAGGUUAUUGGUGGGACUGAUGACAGUGGUGGUUUUUGGAGCGUUCAUCAAGACCUCUUUUGAUCUUCAUGCCAGUAACAAUAUUCAUAUCAUGUCAUGGAAAGUAUCGCAAAUAACGCAGACUUCGAAUGGCUUGAAGAGGACUGAAAACAAUGAUUUCAAGCUCGGCAGCGAAAACUGGCCAAGACGAUAUACAAACGAACAGAACAAGUCAGGUGUAGCAUUUGAUAAAAAUCCUUCUCGGGAGUCUGCAAAUGCUUCAAUUGCAUCUGCAUCAAAUACAUCACAGAAAUCUUGGGAUAAAUAUCGAUAUCCCUUGGAUGUGGAUAUGGUUCAGCUUGUGAGAAAACUGAGAUCUAACCUACCCGUAGAAUACAAACCAAUAUUUCCGUAUCAGUAUAAGUUUAGUCAUCACCGUGUAGAUGGUUGUGUGGAAGGCUCGCCGUUAUUUAUAUUUCUCAUCAAAUCUGCACUUAAACAUUAUAGAAACAGGAUGGCCAUCAGGGAAACGUGGGCGAAUUCAAUGCUGAUGAGAAAAUAUAAUUUUAUCAGGAUGUUUCUUCUCGGUAAUCCUAAAAAGGUGAAAGAAUUAUCAGCUAUAGAAAACGAAAAUGACAUUCAUAAGGAUAUGGUCCUAAUGUCGUUUUAUGACAAUUACUAUAACAACACAUUAAAGACAAUCGGGGCGAUUCACUGGACCGUGACACACUGUAACCGCUCCAGGUUUGUUGUUUUUGUCGAUGAUGAUAUGUUGGUAUCUACUUCAAGGUUGGUGGACUUUUUAGAAAACAAUGUGACCUUGUCGAUUUUUUUUGGAGGAUUUAUCAAGAAACAUAGACCAAUCAGAGGUAAGAGGUUAAAAUGGUACGUGCCACGCGAUGAUUACCCGCAUGACGAAUAUCCUCCAAUGCCGUCCGCGGGGUUUAUGAUAAUGACAAUAGACUUCGUGAUUGACUUACACUUCGCGUCACAAUACACCAAGAAGUUUAUCUACGAUGACUGUUACCUUGGUAUUUUAGCCUAUAAACUCCACGUCUCUCCUGUCCACAUGCGUAGAGUUCAUAUGCGACACAUUAAAGACAAAGCCGUCUACAAAUCUAUGAUAGCAGCACAUGGCUAUUCUCCCUCUAAUCUUAACUUGACAUGGCUAGCCCUUCAAGGAGUAGCAUAA